UCCACUACUUCCUGCAUGUGCCGACAAUAUGGCAGCGCCCAUAGCGAUUCAUCUGGAGUUUGGCGGUGGAGCAGAGCUGCUUUUCAACGGUGUGAAGGAGCAUCAUGUGACUCUUCCAAGCCAGUCCGAACCCUGGGACGUGAAGCAGCUGCUGGUCUGGAUCCAACGGAACCUGCUGAAGGAACGGCCCGAGCUCUUUGUCCAGGGCGACUCUGUGAGACCUGGGAUCCUGGUGCUUAUCAAUGAUGCAGACUGGGAGCUAAUGGGGGAGCUGGACUAUCAACUACAAGACCAAGACAACGUUGUGUUUAUUUCCACUCUUCAUGGAGGAUAGAAAACGAGUGAGGAAUACAACCCUAUCUUUGACUUCUCUGUGACAGCCUUUUUCUCCACAUCCUCUGCACUCUUCACUCCUUUCCUCCCUUCACAUCUCAACAACACACCACCCCAUUGGACACUGCGGAUGUGUCAGCCUGCACCGUGAGGUCUGACCGUGAUUAAUGUCGGUCCGCAGGAAUGAGUGGAAAUUCAGAGAUGGUUACCAAGAAAAAUGUGGAAACUGUGAGACGGGAAUUCUGUGGACGUUUGCGUAACAUUUUUUGAAAAUCAGACUGUACAGGUGUAAUCAUAUGAAGCUCAGGUUACACCGGCCAACUCACAGGUGCAAGUGUACAUCACAUCACAUGUGUAAACCUCCAUCUCCCUGCAUCUUCUCUUCCAGCAUAACCAUGAAAGACAGUAUGACCCAGUCUUAUAGGAACUUUAAUGACCUUCAGUCCACAGGAAGAUAAAAUACAAGGUAACGCUUCGCUUUAACCCUAUAACCCAAAUUAGCAUCUCUAGGCUGUAUGUAAACAUUUAAUAUAUUCAUAACACACUGUAAUAUAGUUUUAAGCAGAUAUAAGUACAUUUUAGGUGUUUUUUGAUGUAUUUGUCAACAAUUAAAACUUCUCCAAUUAAGACAUAUUUUAUCUGUGUUUUACUAUAUUGUCAUUCAUUAUCUGUUUAUACAUCAAUAAUCAGUUAUGGAUGCUGCACAUGUGGGGUUAAAGUUGUUGACAAAUAAUUAUUAAGCAAAAAUAUUCUGUUUACCUGUCUGCUUAUUUCUGCAUUAUAGUGUGUUAUAAAAUGUAAUAAAUGUUUAUAUGGUGGUCAGAAAUGCUAAUUAAAGGGGUUAAAAUAAAGUGUUAUGAAAGAGGUUUUUUAAAAUAUAUAUAUAUAUAUUUUUUGUUUAUCAUUUUGUCUUAUUUUGGCUUUUUUUUGUCCAAUGUGGGGUUUUUUUAAGUUUUUUUUUUUUCCCUUAAAAUAUAUUGUAUUCUUGCUCAGAAUUUUCCUCAUAAAUGAAAAAAAUUAAAGUUUUUUUUUUUUAGAAAUACA